GCCGAAGUCGAUUGUUCGUAUCGGCAAUUCAGUUUAUUACAGUGAAUAUAUUAAUUACGCUGCAUUAUAUUCAACGAUAACAAUUGGAUAUUGUGUAGUAUUUUUUUUUACUCAUUAAAAUUUACUGUAAUGUAUUUUUAUGCCAAAAUCACGGUCCACAGUUUUUAAUAGUUUUCGAAACAGGCUGAAUUAUUCAACAAGAUGGCGGCGUCCAGAUAUAGAAAGUUUUUACGAUUGAUUGAAGAGUGGCCGGUAGAUCCAAGCAAAAGAGGCCGUGAUCUUGCCGCUCAUUUACGAAAGCGUGUUGCCAAAGACUUCUCUAAGGGAGAAAGUACAAAGAUUGAUGAGAAAGAAUGUGAUGCAAAAUAUGAUGCAUUGAAGAAAAUCCAUACAGAUUUCUACAGAAACAAGUACCCAAGGAUGCAUGAUACAUCGGCCACAGGUAACACUGCUGAAGAUUGCAACAGAGUGAUGUCUACAGAAAAUAUAGAGGAAAUGAAUGAACUGAAUAAAAGUUACUGGACAAGACUGAAGGAGACGAUGGGCAGUUCUAAACAGUGAAGGUUAAACCAGAAAGCAAGGAAAACAAUAGCAUCAACAUCAGACGUCACACUUUCAGGCUCGUGAAUCAAUGUUGUGAAAUCAGCGUUUAGCUCGGAGGGGAUUCAAACCAACAACCAAUGUGUGUGUUUAGUAUAAUUGAUUUAUGAAGUAUGAAGAUGGCUUCAUCUGUUAUAAAUAGGUUUUGUUUCAAUUUUAAGCACAGAGGUCUUUUAUUUUGUUAUGUAAGGUGUCGUUGCUUUGAAAUUCUAGCAGGGACUUAUAAAUAAUUAAUAAACUGAAAUAGACAACAAAACUUAAAGCCAUUGGACACUUUCGGUACAGAAUUUUUUUUU